AUGUUCUGCCCCGGUAUUGCUAUCGAUGGUACCGGUAUAAUGGUUGUGACUAGUGGUAACGACGCCUCCGAGACUAGCCUCUACGAUGCUAACGAGGAUGAGUGGAUCAAGGGUCUUAAGAUAUAUCUCUGUCGCGGCAAAGCUAUAAAUUGGUACUAUGUGGAAGGAGAAGGUAGCUUCGAGGGUGCCAGAAAACGUCUCGAGGACGAAGAUUCUAUAUCGGCCAAUGCUAUUAUGUUCGAGGGCAAAGCUACUAGCAACGCAUGUAUUAUUACCCCAGGCUCAAAAGCCAGACGUGUAGCCUACUGGCUAGGGGGGACGACAUAUUCCGAGCGUGUCUUCCACACCUCUGUCAUCCUGCUGGAUAGAAGAGUCUUUGUUGCCGGUAGCCAGACCUUCGGUAUCGCUUUCAACGAGGAGAACGUCUUCACGCCGCCGUACCCCCUGACCGAGAAGGGUGAACUCCGUUCUAGUCCCGAUAUCACCUCCAGAUUGCCCGCAUCCGCCUCUCUAGUCCGUAUUGGCAGUGCUACCCACACGGUCAACACCGAUCAGCGCCGCAUUUCCCUCAACCUCUGGCGUGUGCCUGUGCUCGGUCGCCAUUACGCUACUAUUCCCAAUGACCCCGGCCUCGUCAUUCCCGGAUUCUGGAUGUUGUUCGUCAUGGACGAGGCUGGGUCACCUAGCAUUGCGAAGAUGAUCCUGAUCACUUCUAACUUGAAGACUAUUGGAACGAGCGAUGAGAAGCAAUGUGAGCAUGGAUUCCUUAGUGAAUAUUUGCCAAGUUGGAAGCCAGCACUGGCUGCGCAGAUUCCUCGUCGUGGUUGA